AGGUCACAAUGGGGCUGUUCUACAGUAAGAGCCAGGCAGAACCAUCUCCGUGCAACUUGCUCACCGUAAAAAUCAUACGGAUGAAAAAUGCCAGGAAAGCAGACUUGUUGACCCAGUCAGACUGCUAUGUGAGCCUCAGUCUGCCAACAGCUACAGUGCAGCAGUUCCGCACUAAGACAGUCCAGAACAGCAAGAACCCUACAUGGAAUGAAACCUUCCACUUCACUAUUCAGAGCCAGGUUAAGAAUAUUUUGGAGCUGAAAGUUUGUGAUGAGGACAGAAUAACCCAAGAUGAUCAUCUCCUCACUGUAUUCUUUGAUGUUUCCAAAAUCCAGCUUGGAGAAAACAUUCAGUUGAGUUUUCAGCUCAAUCCACAGGGAAAGGAGGAGCUAGAAGUUGAAUUCACUAUGGAGAGCAGUCCGGAUCCUCCUGAAAACAUUGUUACUAAUGGAGUUUUGGUGUCCCGUGAAGUUUCCUGUUUGGAGGUGCAGGUGAAUGGUGGGAGGCUGAAGAAGGACAGCACAGAGAGGAAGUUUGCACUAACUGUGGACGGGUCGUACGAAGGAACCAAGACCCAUACGCUGAGCUCCUGCCUUUGCCCGACCUCCCCUGCCAGGUUCCACUACAUCAAGUACAAUCAGUCUGCGCUCACCGUGUCUCUGCCGCGACGGAGGCGGCUCAGCAGGUCCAUCUCAAGUCAAAAUGAAAGGGAUAUGAAUGAGUCUGUGACCCUACCUCUGAACUCCCUUCCUAUACAAGAGAAGAUAUCAAUAGCAGAGGACAGGACAAUUGACUUGUACACACAGGCAAACGAAUGGACUCAGGGUCUGUGUUUCAGGCCAAGAAAUCUAGAUGCCCGCCUGGGGUUUGACCUGUGUGCUGAUGAACAGACUUUCCUGCAAAAACGGAGAAAGGUGGUUGCUGCUGCACUGAAGGAGGUUCUUCAUCUGGAGGAAGACCUGCAAGAGCAUGAGGUGCCCAUAGUGGCUGUGACCACAGCGGGAUGUGGGAUAAGAGCACUCACUGCCAUGUAUGGCAGCAUUUUGGGUCUUCAAAAGCUGCGUGUUCUGGAUUGUGUUUCAUACCUCAGCGGCUCAUCUGGCACAACAUGGACAAUGACAAAGCUGUACGAAGAUGCUGACUGGUCACGUAAAGAUCUUGGUGAAAUAAUCAUUGAAGCUCGGAAGCAAGCAGCCAAGUGCAAGAUGGAGGCUUUUUGCUUGAGAAGUCUGAGGAACUACUACAGAGAGCUGAGCCAAAGGACCCAAGCAGGACAUAAAACAUCUUUUAUUGAUCUGUGGGGGCUCAUGAUUGAAUCCAUGUUAAAUGAUGGGAAAUGCCACCACAGACUUUCUGAUCAACGUCAUGCAGUGAAUCAGGGUCAGAACCCUCUGCCCAUCUACCUUGCCCUUAAUGUCAAGGACAAAGUUGCCACUAAAGAUUUUAGAGAGUGGGUGGAGUUCACACCUUACGAGGUGGGCUUCCUCAAGUACGGUGCCUUCAUUCGUGCCGAAGACUUUGGCAGUGAGUUCUUCAUGGGGCGCCUGAUGAAGAAGAUUCCCGAGUCCCGGAUCUGCUUCAUGCAAGGAAUGUGGAGUAGUAUCUUCUCCAAAAACCUUUUGGAUGCCUGGCAUGCAGCUGACAAUUCACAGGACUUCUGGCACAGGUGGACCCAAGACAAAGUCACUGAAAUAGAGGAGCAACCCGACUUGCCCGAGAAGCCGUAUGAGAUGGCUACAUGCAUGUUCACGCCUACGAGUGACCUCUCCACCACUCUCAGGGAUAUCCUGACUGACCGCCCAGCUGUCUCCAAGUACCACAAUUUCCUCAGGGGCUUCCAGAUGCACAACGAGUACAUCCAGCAGGAGCACUUCACGAGAUGGAAAGACACUUUGCUGGACAGCUCUCCUAAUGACCUAAGAAACAACUCAGAGCACCUGGAAUUGGUGGAUGCAGCUUUCUUCUUUGAAACCAGCUGCCCACCCCUUAUGAGACCAGAGCGGAAAGUGGAUGUCAUCAUACACUUAAAUUACACUGGUGGCUCACAAACCUUGCCCCUGCAACAGACUUGCAGAUACUUCUCGGAGCAGGGAAUUCCAUUUCCUAACAUUGGGUUGAAAGAUGAUGAGAAGAACAUGAAAGAGUGCUACGUGUUUGAUGGUGCAGACACCCCAGGAGCUCCUUUGCUGCUUUAUUUUCCAUUAGUGAAUGACACCUUCCAAAGAUAUGUAGCACCUGGCAUGGCACGUAGCGCUUCUGAAAUGGAACAGGGCAAGGUUGACAUCUCCAGUUUCUCCUCUCCAUACUCAACGAGAGAGGUCUCACUGAAAGCAGAAGAUUUCAACAAGCUCCUCAAGCUGACUAAUUACAACAUCAUGAACAACGAGAACAUGAUUCUUCAGGCCUUGCGCACUGCUGUGGCAAGGAAAAAACAAGCUCCAAGCCAAUCAGCAUCACAAGCACAGCCUUCUGCCUGAACAGAUUUCCCCCCUCCCUCAUUAAGUGUUUGCCAUGACAGCACAUAUGCAGUAGCUGCUUCACUGUCACUGUCCUUGGCAGGUGCCAUCUCUUUCUAAGUUACCUUCUCAUAAAAGGAAACUUGAAAUACUUGAUUCAAAGCCGCAUGGUUCAGUUUAUCAAGCAGUUGUCUCUCUUUGAUCUGGAGAUAGGAUAUCAAACACAGCAGUCUGUGUUGUUAACACCACCUUACUGUGAUGCUCAAGACUCAGCUGUGUCUGAUAGCGAAUAGUUUCAUGCUUGCUCUCUCUCUCUGCAAUCUCAUAUUGUGUUGUUGGCUAGUUAGUAUUUUUCCAUCUGCAAAACAUUCUGGCAUUUCAUUGUAGACCAGUGACAGCAAAUCCAUAAAGCCCUCUCCAGAUGCAAAAGGCAGUGACUGCACAGUAUCAGUUCAAUUAAUUUUAUCUGGAUUUAAUAACUUGAAUUAAAUGGUGUUCUACCUUUUAGGAUUG